AGUGGGAGCUCAUGGAGCUUCCGAUGAACGCCGUCGACAAGAGUACGAAGCGGACGGGUCUGGGCCGUUGCAGGCAUUUCUUUUGGCUGGGCGUCGCUUUCGACACGGUGGGCGCGACCCUGCUGUUCACCGGGGUCUUCGCCGAUCUGCUCUUCUACGACCUGCUGCUCUACCUGGGUUCCAUCAUCAUCUUCCUCAGCCUCCUCUGGUGGGUCUUCUGGUACACCGGCAACAUCGAACUGACUUCCGAAGAGGCCUUGAACAGGUCCUACCUCUUGCCCUCCGCCACGAUACUGGAAGCCCUGAACCAGACCAUCAGCAACCGCUUGUCUUUAACCAUCGGCAGCAUUUCCAACACCUUUUUGCGGAUCCGCCGGCGGCGGCGGCGGCGGCGUCACCGCAGGAGAUUCCUGGAAGGGACUGCUUCUCUGAAUAUGACUGUCACCGGCCAGGUCGAAAACCAGCCAGACCAGGGGGACCACGACAAAAGCGGGAUGAAAAGUGUCAAGGAGAGCGGCGACGUUGAAUACUUUGGCAGAGAGGAUCUGCCCAAAUUUGAGGCUGUCGAAAGUUUAAAGGGAGUUUGCUCCCUGGGACCUGAUGCCCGUCCCCUGGGUCCUAAGGCUGGGGUGCUGAGGUUUGUUGAAGGACAAUCAGUCCCUCUGGUGCAGCCAUUCACUCCAUCUUCUCUGGACCAGCCUCUAACUCCAGCCAUCCUGGCCUCUAAGAGCCUGCCCACAGUCCCUUUGGCUUCUAAGAGCCAACAUCUACCUAUUCUGACUUCUAAGAGCCAGCCUGUAGUUUCCUUGGCCUCUACCAGCCAGCUCCCUUCAGGCACUCUUGCUUCUAGGAGCCAGCCUGCUAUUCCCUUGGCCUCCAAGAGCCAGCCUGUAGUUUCCUUGGCCUCUACCAGUCAGCUCCCUGCAGACACUCUUGCCUCUGAGAUCCUGCCUUCUGUCUCCUUGUCCUCUCAGAGUCAGCCUCUGGCCAUCCUUACCACGGCUAUCUCUGUGGCCUCUCAGGGCUUCCCCCUGGUACCUGUGGCUGCACAGAGCCACCUCCAGAUCCCUCUGGCUUCACAGAGCCAGCUCCAGAAUCUUUUUCAGACCAGUCAAACUCAGCCACCACCUGUUCAGGCUUCUGAAGCUCAGAGUCUGGCCACCCCCGUCUCUCUGCUCCAGCUUCUGCCCACUCAGUCCUUUCAGACCCAACCUGUGGACCCUCACGUGGCUGAGGCUUUCCAGGACUUUCAGGCUUUGUAUCACACCCAGCAGGCCUCCCAGAGCAGCUCUUUAGUCCAAAGGAUUGGACCAAGCCGGUCUCCAUCUGCCCCAGAGAUUCAGGAAAAGCCAGUUGCUUUCAAGAGCCUGCCACCAGCAGGCCAGGAGAAACCCACUGACACUGCAUCCCUGCUCCCUGAGUCCCCAGCUCCAGGGGCUCAAACCCAGCCGUCAGCGCCCCCGGGAGGGCGCCCACCCCCGUCCCAGGAGAGGAAGCGCUAUUCCCUAGCACAGAACCAGACCCCAGCCCUCUGAGUGGCCCUCAGGCCUCCGCCAAAGCUCACCAAGAUUUCUUCAGAUUUAAGUGCCAAGUUUAUAAAAGCACAUUUACCUUAAUCUCGUUUUGGAAGCCUCCGUCUGGAGCCCUGACCUGUGUCAGACCAGUGGACUUCACCAGACUGCCUCUGCGUAGUACACAUGUUUCAGUGUUGGAGAGCAUUUUCCAGCUGCAGAUAAUAAAGUUAUUUAUUGCCAGCAUUUUGAGCCAUAAUAAACUGUGCUAUUCCAAAUGAACUUUGUUUUAAAAUAAGUUGACUUUUAAAAUAGACUUCUCUUGUGAAAGCAUUCCAGCAUUCCAAGUGGAAAAUAGCAUCUCACGUACUUUGGGUGAAGAUGUAAGUACAAUUCUCACAGAAAAUGGACAUUGAAAAAUGCAGCUCUUUGUACCUAAGGAUACUUUGUGACCUCAUUAGCUAUCAGAAAGGUUAUUACAAUCUAUGUAGUAUAAUACGCUAUGAUUUGUAUUUAUAUGUUCCUUUGGUUUAAGUAACCUGAGUUUCCCUUUUUGCCAGGGAUUUAAGAUUUGCUGAUUUGAUUGCAUAUUUUAAUGAUAAUCAAAUAAAAUUCAUUUGGGACUGUUUUCUUCCUUUGUAUCAGUGGAUUGUUUA